UACAAAUCCAUGCAUUCAUAUGAUGUGUGACUCGUUUUUAUUGAUUUGUUUAUUGAAAAAUAUUUUCUUUUCUUUAUAUAUAACAAAAAAUUCAUUAACAAACUGAUUGUAUGCUAGAAAUUAAUGCCAAGAAAUGUGUUUUAAUAAAGUUAUAGACGAGUUAUGUUUAAUGAAUAAAUGUUGAGUUCCCAGUGUUUGAAGAGAUCCCUAAUAUUCCUUCACUUUUACUUUUAGCAAACAAUUGAUUGUUAAAAAUCUGAUUCUUAAUCACACCAUAAGUUUUGUGCAAAUAUUUACCAGAAUUUGUUUGUCAUUUGUGGCAUAACUUUAUGGGACUUUACCGUUACGUCUAAUCCACAAGUUUUUGAAUCGUAUUCAACAAAAUUUUUUAUGGACACCCGUUCACCCGAAAGUGCUAAGCGCUCCCGAAAUCAAUUACUAUAUUAAUGAAUUAUGUGUUAUGUCGAGAGCUAUCAUCUUAUGGUUAAUCAAAUUAAGACGUGAAAAGCGUUUCAAGUUUUUCUUAUUAACCACUUCUAUAUUAUUCAUGACUGCUAUUAUCGGACGACUCGUUCCCGGAGUGCUUAUUGUCUACUCUAUUACGAUGAUAAUGGCUUUGGGGCCGGGAUUUGCGAUAUAUGUAUUGCCCGACGGGUUGUACGAAGUGUUGAGAGAUUUUUUUAUUCCUAAUCCCAAAAGUGAUGAGACGGACGAGAAAGAUGGCGAACGCCAGACGGCCGACGAUAUAUCGGAAAAGGAGAGACUCUCUGAGAUCGCUCUUCACGAGUACCUAAAGAGCACUGAAUAUGAACUCAAUUCAGCGUAUGAUAAGAGUGAGGACUCGUCUCUACAGCUCUUAUCGGACACACAGUUAGACAUAACACUCGACAAAGAGCUGGGAAUUGAGGCUCAGGUAAAUGACGAGGACAUCAAACUGGACACCCGUUCGCUGAGCUCUCAUUCAAGCGGCCAUUCGAGUCGAUCGAGUGGUGGCAUACGUUUCGUGAGCUCUCACUUCAGCCGAAACAGCAGUUCCGACAACAUUGAAGACGAUUAUGAGCUCAUCUCUGAUACAGAAAUACAAGACUUCGCCAAAGGAUCACAAAAUAAGCACAAAAUACAAAUGAAUGUUCGGAUCAGAUGUAGUGAUCGACGAGAGAAGACCGCAAACAAACUACAACUCUUUGGUGUCGCGAAGACGACGGACCGCCGAGCGGACAGUGGCGGCGGCGGUGUCUUCUUGCAGGCGCCGCACCUCCAGAUGCCGACACACGUCCUCUUCAUCGACUCUUUGCCACAGAAAGUGCACGAAUACUUCGAGUGUUGGGUGAUCUCCAUCUUCUUCACCAUCUUUCGCAAAGACGCUCCAUAUCUGGUGCCGUAUUUGCCGACGACUCCCACUUUCUUCGUUCUCUUCGCCUAUUGUUGGGAUCAAUUGAGUGAU